AUGUCAUUAUUUGGACCUACAACCGGGGGUCAACAAGCGGGUGGGGGCUUAUUUGGUGGACUUGGACAGAAUAACCAAAACCAACAGCAGACUGGUGGCUUGUUUGGUAGUUCCACUCAAGCUAACCCUCAGCAAACGGGCGGUUUAUUCGGUGGAUUGGGCCAGAGUACGCAGCAGCAACAACCGCAAGGUGGAGGAUUGUUCGGUGGGCUAGGCCAGAAACCGCCACAGCAACAGCAGCAAGGCGGAGGAUUGUUUGGUGGCCUGGGCCAGAGUACACAGCAACAACAGCCGCAAGGCGGAGGAUUGUUCGGCGGACUAGGUCAGAAUACACAACAGCAACAGCCGCAAGGUGGAGGAUUGUUUGGUGGCAUGGGUCAGAGUCAACAACAAAAUCCGCCUCAGCAAACUGGAGGAUUAUUCGGUAACCUGUCUGGCAAUCAACCAAAUCAGCAACAAGGCCCCGGUCUAUUCUCCCAAUCAGCGCAGCAAACUCUACCUCCGCUUGGCCAAAGUCAACUUGGCGGGUCUUUAUGGCAGCCUAAUGCUGCAGUAAAUCCUCGUGAAAAGAGCGUAACAGACCAAAUCGCAACCGUUAUCCAAAAAUGGGAUACUGCUAGCCCGCACUGUGCCUUCCAGUAUUAUUUCUACAACAAAGUCGAUGACAGAAUGGUACCUUUCUAUCGACCGGGUCCUAAUGAAGACCCUAAAGUCUGGGAUGAGGCGCUAUCAAAGAAGCCUGGGCCUGGAUUCAUCCCAGUUCUCUGUGUUGGCUUCGCUCAGCUGGGAGAGAGGAUAAAGAAUCAACAGCGGAAUUUGGCACACUACAAUGCUCGACUUCAUGAAAUCAACAACUCUCUAUCAAUGAUGCUGCAAAAUCAUGAUACGAAAACAAGCAUAAGAGCUAUGGAUGCAAGAAGGAAACAUGGAGUACUCAAGCAGAGAUGUCUAGCGUUAGCCGCAAGAGUCCAGCUAUUGCGGAAUAGAGGGUAUGCACUAGGAGGGGAUGAAGAGGACCUGAAGACAAAAUUGCAAGCCCUUGAAAAAGGUGCUAGCGACCCGGGACUCGGUGCAAGAGGCGAAGAGAUCUGGGCGCGAAUGCUUACUGUUCAAGAGCGAGCCAAAUUGUUAAAGGCCGAAAUAGAAAAGAGCAGCUCAGACAGCGUACAUGGCUUGGACGAGGAAAUGACUCGACAGGCGAAGAAGAUUAUUGAGGAUUAUCAGACCCAGUUGAAUCAUCUGAAGCGAGAAUUGGAGGCCAUACAAAAGGUCUAUGUGGAGUGGGAGACGCAGCAGGCGCCUCUGCAGCCGGCGAAGAAUGCUAAGACAGAGGCGGAGAGGAGAGCUAAAGCUGCUUUCGCGACGAGUACACGCCCCGCGACCCCGGGAUAUGUCUCAUACUCUCUUGAGGAGGGCGUUAGGUUGGCGUGCAGAGGAGUAGGUCGCUCAGCUCCGAUGAGACCAGAGGCCGGGAUUCCCACCUACAGGCGCCCAGAUCCUAGUCCCAAGUACCGCACAGGACUAGCUAAUGUGUUUCCGUUCCCGGGAAAAGUACGAAUAAAAGGAACCCCCGUGUCGGUAUCUCGAAGCCAUCCCCCUCCAAAGCAUCAGCUUUCAUGGCAACAACGACCCGACCCGUGGUUUCAGGAGGAAGGACCAUCUCUGGGUCUACAAACAUGCUGCUUGCCUGUCUUCUUCUUCCUCUUCCUCUUCCUCUUCCUCUUCCUCUUCCUCUUCUUCUUCCUCUUCUUCUUCCUCUUCCCCUCCGACUACUUCCUCUUCCUCUUCUUGCUCUUCGUCUUCUUCCUCUUCUUGAUGAUCGCCACCACUGCCGCAGCACCACAUGGCGGUUGCAUAACGGAGUAUCGACCAGGCCGCGUAGGGCUAGAAGUUAUCGAACCCGGUCUAGCUUGUGCGUCAACUUUAAAAUCCAUGUUACCAAAGCUUGGAUCUCUCGUCAAGUUAUCCUUAUCAAUAUCACCUCCCCUACAGGUUCAUGUCCACCAUCCUAUGACGUCUACACCGCAUAUCAUGGAACCCGCAGAAAGUUCUCAGGCCUUGGAACUUCUUGUAGUAGGUGGUAUACGGGAAAUCGUAGAUGCGAUUAGGCAAGAUGCGCCAGAGCUAAAGACCUUCGACCCUUCCAACACAACAUGGAAUAUCGUCCUCGCCACAGCAUCCCAGGUGCUUCAGCCCCUGGAGAAAGAAAUUAUGAUCUUACCACCGAUAACGAAAGCACAUCAGGAAGGUCUUAAGAAGUUCCUUCAGCAACUGCCGGUGGAGCUUCGAUUGGCUAUUUGA